AUGACAUUAUUAUAUAUUGCUUUGUCCGGCCCCAUCCUGUUCGUCACGGUGGUGGCCGUCGUCGCUCACCGUCUGUACGGUUUUAUCCACGAUCCCUUGCGCCGCGUACCUGGUCCGUGGCUGGCUCGCUUCACCCGUCUAUGGGAACUGGUCCAGAUUUGUGGGGGUCACUUUGAGCAGAUCAACCUUGAUCUCCACCGACGAUAUGGUCCCGUGGUGCGAGUCACCCCUGAUCGGUACAGCAUCGCGAGUCCAGGAGCCGUUCGAAAGAUAUAUAGCCAUGGCAGCGGGUUCACCAAGGCUCGCUGGUACCGCGCGUUCGGUGACCCUGAAGAUUCCCAAGCCGAUAUGUUUUCGGUCACAGACGAGCAACGUCACGCGGCACACCGCCGGAAGGUGGCCACCAUGUUUAGCAUGACAUCCGCGGUGUCAUACGAGCCCUUCAUUGACGCCUGCACCGCGAUCCUUGUCGAGGAACUCGGUCAGCAAUCCCGUCUCGGCGAGACGGUGUCGAUCCCGCAGUGGAUGCAGUACUACGCCUUUGACGUGAUCAGCGAGAUGACGAUCGGCGCCUCCUUCGGCAUGAUGCGCACCGGCGGUGACAAUGACGGGAUCCUCCAGACGAUCCACAGCUUUCUCACCUACAGCUCGCGGAUGAGUGUCUUCGUUGAACUGCAUGCCUGGAUUGUCUGGGUCUCGCACCUGUUCGGCUCCCCUAACCCUAUUGAAAACAUUCACGCCUACGGGGCGCGGCAACUGGCAGCCCGGCGCCAGCAGCCCUCUGACCGCGCCGACUUCAUCCAAAAAUUGGCCGACUUGCAAGAUGCCGGUAAGAUCAGCGAGCUGGAGCUGUUCAACACUGUCGAGGCCAACUUCGCUGCCGGCUCCGACACCAUCGGGUUGACCGUCAGUGCCGUCAUCUACUACCUGGCGCAGCAUCCACGCUGUGCACAACGCCUGCGGCGGGAGGUUGACACGAGGGCGUCAGCAGGCCGCGUCUCAUUUUCUGAGGCGCAGCAAAUGCCGUAUUUGCAGGCCGUCCUCAAGGAGAUAUUGCGCGUGCAUCCCGCCGUAGGCAUGCCCCUACCGCGGGGAUAUUUCUUUCCAGCAGGCACGGUUGUCGGUGUUAAUGCCUGGGUCUUGCACCGUGACCCGACCAUUUUUGGUGAUGACGCCCAUCUUUUCCGGCCCGAGCGGUGGCUGGGCCACAAGGACGAAGUCGCGUCCAUGGAACGGCAUCUCUUCUCGUUUGGCGCGGGCUCGCGAACCUGUAUCGGCAAGAAUAUCAGCCUCAUAGAGCUGAACAAGCUUGUCCCCGAACUUUACCGCCACUUUGAAUUCGAGCUGGAGGGAGACGAAUGGCAGACGGAAAAUGUGUUCUUUGUCAAGCCCAGCUUCCGCUGCCGGGUGGUGUCACGGGAGGGCCUAUUGUGACGGAGGGCCUGUCCCAUUCUUGUAUAGCACCGACCGAUUGAUCAGAAGGCCAAACCGGUCCGGAGUGCCGUGUCCAUCUGCUAUGAGGAUCAGCCCCUCAGUUGAUUGUGGUUAGGUAUGUGGACUGUGGUGGCUGGGGAAUUAUUACAGUCAAUGGGGGAUGUUGGUGUUGUAGGGGUGGGAAUAGACGCAGAUUGUAG